CUAUAGAGGAGAAGAACCUGUUCCUGAGCUGCACAAACCCCACGUUCCUCAGGCCACAGCAAGUCAGCUUGGUUCUGGUUUAAAAGAGCUGCAGACAAAUGAAGAGCCACAAAGCAUGGCAGGGUCCUAUUUCAGCAGCACUGAAUACAUUUCUCUACGGAUCGGGGCAAAUAUAUCAUGCUUUCAGGUGUCUGCUUUUGAGAGCACUGUCUUCUGGACUCUAACACUACUAAAGCCAGAAGCACUUGUCAACAGAGAUGACCACAUCAAUCCACAACCUUACAUUUAACAGCCUGCUAUAAAAAGACCAGUUAGAAGUAGGCUUCCUUGCUUGUCACUGAUUUCUGCAUGACUAAAAGAGGAAAGAACUACUUCCUGAAAGUUAGAUGGGGGAGAAGGCUAUGAGCUGUCCUCAGUUCAGUGGACCAUUUUAAAAUCAGCAGCGAGAAGGAAGAAAGUAAAGGGGGAACAAGAAUGUCAGAAAGCCUCAUUUAUGCUGACUUGAACUUGACUGAAUCAACCCGGCCCAAACUACAGAAGGUCACUGAUGUCCAAGAUUCUACAUAUGCAGAAGUGAAAGUGCAGUCCCUAGACAGAAGCGCUGCAGUUAGAUACACGUCAUCUGGUAAAAGCUGUUGCUCCAGAACAUGCGUUGCUGUAUUGGUUGCUGUGAUAAUCCUCCUAUUGGUCUUAGCAGUGUGUCUGAUACUCAUGUAUCAUCCAACCGCAAGCAGACCAGCUGACUCAAAAACCUUCUCCAUCACCUGUGAAGAUGCACAUGCACUAGGGCUGGAAUUAACUACAGAGAAUGGCAAGGAUCCCAGGUGGUAUGGUGAAAAUCAAAAGCAGAAACACAAAGGCUGCCCCAAACACUGGGAAAAAAAUGGGGGAAAAUGCUACUUCUUUUCUCAAAGGCAGAAUAAAGCCAAUUGGAAUGACUCCCGUAAAGAAUGUACUGACAUGAAGGCUGACCUGGUUAUCAUUGACAACAAGGACGAACUGAAUUUUCUCUACAAACAAUCUAGAAGUAGUUACUACUUACUUGGUCUCACAUACUCUCACAGUGAGAAGAAGUGGAAGUGGAUUAACAACAUGGAACUUAGCUCAGACAUGUUUUGUAUAGGAGGAGACUUUACUGACUAUUUCUGCACUGUCAUUGGACAUGGCAAAGUAGAAACUGCACCUUGCAGUGGAUCCUUAUCAACACAAAAUAUGUGCGAAAAAGCUGCAGAUAUUUCAGAAAGCCAGAAGGAGAGCUAAAAAAGAAGAGAUCCAAGCAGCAAUGUGAUCCCCAGCUUUCUGUAGGAAUGGCAGAUGGUAUUUGUGUCAUUUAUCUCUAGCUGUCUAAAUAUCUAGUCAAAGGGACUCUUAAAGGAUCCCUCUAGACACCCUGCCAAGCAUAGCACAUUCUUUCCCAAGAUGUGUGUCUAAGACUGGAUGGGUUCCCCUCUAGAAGGGCAUUUUCACACAUUAGGAGCCUGGGUGACUUCCUUAUACCAGAUGCCCAAGUUUCAGGCAGCCACUGUUACAUGAUAUGAGUCCAGCCUUAAGGAUAGGUGUGAUCACAGACAGAUCCUGUCUCUUACAGACACAUGCAUAUGCACCCAUACAUUCAGAGCCCCGCUUAUGAACGAGGAGACACUUCAAAGCCUUGAUGUGCACUAGUCCUCCCUGCAGCCACAAGUGAAGGUUAGCACAUAUAUGUAUUUUGGAUCCUGAAGAAAAGUGCAACCACACUCAUUGUCAUGUGUCAUAGAUAUAAUUGACAGGACAAAGUCAAAAGUGUGUGUGUGUGUAUAAACCUUACUCUGUAAAAAACUGUCUUUGUUAAAAAAUACACUGGAUACCAAACCUAAAAUGCCAAGGCUAAAAUGCGAUUCACCAGAACAUCCAGAAAUGAACCUUCACCACAGCUCUGUGCAUAAAAUCACCACCAGUCCUAUGUAGGUGAGGGAAAGUUUAUCAGAUUUAAAGUGAGCCUUGCUGGAGAAGGGCACAGGAUGAAGAGCAUUAGAAACCACCAAAGCCUGAAAAACACAAUCACAAUAAUAGCUCAAUUGGACAGAAAAUAGUCAAAUCAAAAAACAAUUAUCUGUGAAGAAGCUGGUGAGAAGUAUGAGAGUGACCUACAGAGAAUGACAAUACAUUUGGAUUAUCCUGUUUUUCUUGGAUAAUGAUCUAAGGAGAAAAUUAUGCAUGAAGGUUCUUCCUGCACAGAGAAGGUAGAGCCAACAGUGGAAACGGGUGGUAUCGGUAGAGCAGAGAUGUGACCAGCAAAUGGUGAAUAUUACCAAAGCUCUCCCACUGUGCCUCAGCAGCUCCUGGGACCCUGAGGCUUUUGUGACUCCGAGGAUUAUCACUCUUACUGUCUCCAUGGAGGCAGAAUCAUUUCUGCUUCCAAUGGCACCAUUCAUGGCUCUCUCCAUUUGCAGGAUGGAGAAAGAUCUGCAAAUUCCUUGAUGAAGUGGCAGUGACGUCAUGCUUUCUAACUGGGGGGAAAAAAAGGUUUUUUGCUUAAUCAAAGAAUUUAUAAUCAGAACAUUGCAGCCAAGGGUAGUGAAAAUGGAAUCAUACAGGAAAAAUUCUCUCAUUCUGAUUUGAAAGCACAUUUUGAUGUCUCUCAGACAAGCAAUACUCCUCGUUGUCCCCAUUCACCAAUGGCCAUGUUGAUAGGUAAAUUAAUAGAUGGCUAAUAUUGCCAUUCUUCCGGCAUAUGAAUGGAAAACACCUUGACAUGCUACUUUCUCACAGCUUUCUUAGAUGAACAGAAUAUCAUUGAGGGGGAGUAAGGGAAAAAACCUCAUUAGAAUAAGCUUGUCAGUUGGAAAUAAUCUUGUCCAUGGCAAAUAACCAGAGGAAAUGAGAAGCAUCUCAUAGAAACUGGCUACUCAGAAAUAAUUUACCAUGGUUUUGUGUAUUCCAGAGAAGACUGUGGGCCUUGAAAAGCAGGUAUCUGUAUUAAAAUUAUGGCAAAGCUAAAGGUCUCAGGAGGAUUUAACAUCCAUAACUAGUAGAGCAAUUAUCAUUAAAUUUCAAUGACAUUCUCAAAAACAGACAGACACCAGACAAUAAGGAUGAAGAUUUUUUCUUCUUUUUCUUCUCCUUUUUCAAUUUGAAAGUCUGAAAGCAACAAUUUCAGCUGUGCUGUAAUUCCAGAUACACCGAAAGAUCUGUCUUUUGCUGAUCCACCCUGUUAGAUUGCAAAAGUAUACUUAAUUUCCAUAUUGGACAGGAGUCUGGGAUUGGAGACAAUGCCAGACCUGAAAACUAGACACAGGGACAGGUGACCUAUAGACAAGCAUACUCCUACAGGUUAGUAAGAAUAUGAACAGCAUCACUAUUUAACAGUUCACCAAGUUCCUUGGAAAUGGAUCUGACUUUGGUAGAUGAAACUCCACUGAUUUUUGCAAUGAAAUGUAGAGUUUCCAUAUUUCUAUUGUUAUCUAUCCCAGACAAUGAAGAUCUGUAUAAUUAAGCUCAGUGAUACGAGAAGCGCAGUUCACGACUGUUUCUCUAACAGUUUCUUCUUGUCUCAGUGUAUUUUAGAUAAAGCUUUUAAGAAAUUUAUCCCAAAAUAAAAAACACAUACAAAACCCCUUUGUAUGAGGAUGUAAGUGGAGAUCUUGUUGAUGGAGAGCAUCAGAAAUGAGAAAGUGUAGAUAAAGCGUCAAGAGCAGCAACUGAAGCUGUAUUCAAGGCUAUUUUAAAAAUUUGCUCUAAAACUGCCCUCAGAGGAAUCCACCACCAGUCACCUAUUUUCAGUGGCAGAGCAGAGAUUUUUUUAUAAGCCAGAUAGCUUUAUCAUACAGACAUCACACUCAGGAUUCUCACUGAAUUUCAUCUUGAGAGAGAUAUCUCUUACAGCAUUUUAUUACUUCAGCUGAUGCAUAAUAGUUCAGGAUUCCUGCUUGAAAUUUACGAUUUGCUUUUGACCAUAAAAAUACUAUCAUGUAAGACCGGUGUACCACUUUUCUACUAGAUCAUUUGAUUCGUACUGUAUCUUUCAUUGUAUCUUAGUGCAUUAGGUUUAAUUCUUUUUAUUUACACCACAAAUGCCUAUAACAUAUCUUGAAAUCUGUAUUCUCCUUUCCUUCUGUUGCACUGCAAAGUUCAAAUUGUGCAACUGAGAGAUAAGUAUCAUGGCUGGGUGACAAAGGAUACUUUUCCAUAAGUUACGUUAAUAAAAAAGAAAUCAGCAUCAAUAAAUGCAUAUGGAAAGGACAA